GUCCAACCCCAUGCAUCACUAUCGUCAGUCUAACCGCAUACAUAACUACCGUCAGUCCAACCCCAUAUAUCACUACCGUCAGUCCAAACCCAUACACCAAUACCGUCAGCCCAACCCCAUACACCACUACCGUCAGUCCAACCCAAUCCAUCACUACCGUCAGCCCAACCCCAUACAUCACUACCGUCAGCCCAACCUAUACAUCACUACUGUCAGUCCAACCACAUACAUCACUACCGUCAGUCCAACCCCAUACAUCACUACCGUCAGUCCAACCCCAUACAUCACUACCGUCAGUCCAACCCCAUACAUCACUACCGUCAGUCCAACCCCAUACAUCACUUCGGUCAGUCCAACCCCAUACAUCACUUCGGUCAGUCCAACCCCAUACAUCACUACCGUCAGUCCAACCCCCUACAUCACAAACGUCAGUCCAACCCCUUACAUCACUAACGUCAGUCCAACCCCAUACAUCACAAACGUCAGUCCAACCCCAUACAUCACUACCGUCAGCCCGACCCCAUACAUCACUUCCGUCAGUAAAACCUUGCUACAUGACACGUGGUUAGACACUUACUCCCGUAACGACGCAGUUCUGUAGCACUCAAGAAUGGAACAUAUUUGAUUAGUGCCAAAUAACGCUUGCAUUGAGCCUGUAAUAAAACUACA